AUGCCUCACUCCAAGAAUGGCAUUGCCAUGCCGGCGUUGGAGCUCGAGCGAUACGACGAGAAGCUGAUGCGGGAACUGGCGGCUACGCUUCUCCAGCAGAACCUGGAUCAGUACAGUGAACUAGCAGUGACCCCCGACGGCCAUCCAGAUUCUCGAUCGUGGAUUUCGAUCCAAAAACGCGAAGGAGUUCGAGUCUACAAGCAGAGUACUCGCCAACAGCAGCAGCAGAUUAGAGCCCAAGCAGCUACUGGGAAUAGUGCUGCAAAAACCGCCAAAGUACCGCCGUCGCUACUGCUCAUGGGAACAGUCAAAGGUAACCUGGACGACGUGUUAUACGCCACAGCGGCGUCUUCAACCGAGGCCAUUCUAACCAAGUCCAAGUAUACCGAUGACGGUAUUGUCGACGCGAAGGUGCUGGCCCGCAUUAUUGAACCGACGAUGGCGGAUCCGAUGCACUUCCUCAAUGUGACUUGGCGCUAUUAUGCGCUCUCUGAACCCCGAGAUUACGUGUGUCUUGAUGUCGCUGGAUGGGGCAACACUGCACGUGGUGAACGGGUUGCGUACCACCUCAUCCACUCCGUAGGUUUCGAUGCACUACCGAGCCACGAGCACAAAGGAAUUGCUCGUGCCAAUAUGUCGGUAUGUUGGAUCUUCCGUCAACGAACAGCUACUCAGGUAGAGUGCUACGCACGCGGCUACUACGACCUCGAUACCACGAAUGCUAUGCUGAACUCCAUCUCGAUGCACACGCUCGCGUCGCAGUGGCUUUCGUGCGUUAAACUCGUAUCGUACGCUCAAAGCCUAAAGCUGACACGGCUCCUUAAUUGUGGUAAAGGGUUCGUUACUUCCGACGGCAGUGAAAGCGACAGUGGUGACGGUGGAUUCGGAAGCUACAGCAGCAGCUCCAAUCCAUUGCAGUCGCAAUUGUCGAGUUCAACAUCAAGUUCGAGCAGCUCAGUCGUGUUGCUACCUGCACCGCCUGAGCCGGCAAGGGUACUGGCUUCGAGGUGCAAGCUGUGCUGCAAAAGCUUCCACUUCCUGGGAGCCUCUCGACGCGUUUGUCAGGCCUGUGACGAAGACGUGUGUUCGCGCUGUAGUGUUAAACAGACUUUGUGCCUUUUUUCCCGUACUCGGCGAUGUGUUCGAGAACGCAAGAAAAAUUUCUGCAAGCAGUGCGUAGCCGACGCCAUGCGCAGUGAAGCUGGUGCCGUGGCACGAGAUGACUUCAUCGCCGCCACACAAGGUCUGCCGAGCUGGUAA